AAGGGGGGAUUAUUGGGCUCAGGUGGUCAUCACCGAGGAAUACCCAAGGCCAUAAAACAGAGGAAUACCGUCAGAGAAGUGUUAUUCGCUUUCCACACAGUGGUGUUUUUGUAUUGAAUAGGACUUGGAUUGCAUCGCACACCCACUUAACUAAUUUAGCUUGCAGAUUAGCAUAACAUGCCGAAUUGCCUGUCAGUGCAGCUGGUCACUUCUGGAUUGUCCCAGCUGGCCGUGAGGCAUUUGAGAACUAGUGCAAUAUGCCAGAAUGUCCGCACAAGAUUUGCACCGAGUCCAACAGGUGACCUGCACCUAGGCAGUCUGCGCUCAGCACUCUACAACUAUCUGUUCGCCCGUUCACACGGGGGAACGUUCGUGCUGCGCAUUGAGGACACGGACCGAAGCCGCACCGUGCCUGGCGCUACAGAUCGGCUCCUGAGCACCCUGCAAACGAUGGGUCUGUGCCCGGACGAAGGGCCGUCGGUGGGCGGCGCGCGCGGCCCGUACGUGCAGUCGGAGCGGACGGCGCUGUAUCAAGAGCACGCGGAGCAGCUGGUGGCCAGUGGCGCCGCGUACCGCUGCUUCUGCAGCCGGGGCCGACUGGACCUGCUGCGCCGCAAGGCCGUCAGUCGCGCUGAGAAGCCGCGCUACGACAACCGCUGCCGCCACCUGACCGACGACAAGCGGCGCCACCUGCUGGAGCGCGGCGUCAAGCACGUGGUCAGGCUGAAGCUGGAGGACACGGCGGCGCCAUUUCCGGACCUGGUGUACGGUCCGGUGGCGUUCGACGUGGCCGCCCAGGAGGGCGACCCCGUGCUGCUGAAGGCCGACGGCUUUCCCACCUACCACCUGGCCAGCGUCGUGGACGACCGGAUGAUGGGGGUGACGCACGUGUUGCGCGGUGUCGAGUGGCAAGUGUCCACGUCCAAACACCUAGUGUUGUACAGGGCGUUCGGCUGGGAGCCGCCUCAGUUCGCCCACCUGCCGCUCAUCACCAACCCGGACGGCACCAAACUGAGCAAGCGGCACUCGGACGUCAGCGUGGAGAGCCACCUGGCGCGCGGCUUCCAGCCGGAGGCGCUGCUCAACUACGUGUGCCUGACCGGCGGCGGCUUCCGCCAGCUGGAGCAGACUGCGCUCACGGACCUCACGCAUCUCAUCGAACAGUUCGACCUGAGCCGGGUACACACCAACUCGUGUCGGCUGGACCCGCACCGGCUGCACCAUCUGAACCAGCUGGCUCUGCGCCGCCGAUUCUCCAGUCCAGGACCGAGAGCCGAGCUGUUCGAAACUGUACGGCAGCUGGUCACCGGGAGGUUCAAAGACAGCGACCACGCCGUGUCGCAGCGCGUGCUCGAGGACCAGUACGUGGAGAAGGUGUUGGCAUGGGCGCUGGAGGAGGGGCGCGUGACCACGCUGCAGGAGCUGGUGGGCCGUGACCUGGCAUACCUGUGGGCUGUGCCCGGCUGCCUGCCCGUCGGCCGGCUGCCGGCAGUGGCCGAUCCAGGCGGCGCGCUGCGGCUGACGGCAGCCGAGCUGGCUGCGUGGCCGGAGGAGGACCUCACCAGAGAGCGGCUGGUGCCGCUGCUGCGCGCCGUCUCCGAGCGCAGCCAGGUCAAGUUCGGCGCGCUGAUGAGGUUGCUGCGGCUGGCCCUCAGCGGCGUCGAGGAGGGUCCUGGGGUCGCGGAGAUGAUUGCUGUGCUUGGUCACGCGGAGACCAUUCAGAGAAUCACGAGCUGCAUCAGCCAGCUGCCAGCCGAGGGCACCGUUCAGAGCUGCUGAGACCGUCCGGUGGAUCAGCAGCUGCAUCAGCCAGCCGCCAGCCGAGGGCACCGUUCAGAGCUGCUGAGACCUUCGGAUGGAUCAGCAGCUGCAUCAGCCAGCUGCCAGCCGAGGGCACCGUUCAGAGCUGCUGAGACCGUCCGGUGGAUCAGCAGCUGCAUCAGCCAGCUGCCAGCCGAGGGCACCGUUCAGACCUGCUGAGACCGUCCGGUGGAUCAGCAGCUGCAUCAGCCAGCUGCCAGCCGAGGGCACCGUUCAGACCUGCUGAGACCUUCGGAUGGAUCAGCAGCUGCAUCAGCCAGCUGCCAGCCGAGGGCACCGUUCAGACCUGCUGAGACCUUCGGAUGGAUCAGCAGCUGCAUCAGCCAGCUGCCAGCCGAGGGCACCGUUCAGAGCUGCUGAGACCGUCCGGUGGAUCAGCGGCGGCGUUUGCUAGCCCUCUCCAUCAGCUGCAUCAGCCAGCGCUAGCGGCGUCAGUGUGGGGGGGGGGGGGGGGCUCCAGUCAACGCGCUUUGGUCUCCAGCAAGCGCUUGCGCAGGCCCUCGUUGGCAGCGCUGUGCUCGAGCUGCCCACGAUCUGUGCACCCCCGUGUGGCGUGUAAUAUGAAGUGGGCGGGAGCUGUGCGACUGGCAUGUGAUGCACACCAUUGGGCGCCCAUGAAGUGAUGCAGAACACCCGUGAUUUGCUUUGAGUUUGGUAUAUAUGUGACCUUUGCAAUACAUGUAGC